UUUAUUGGAAGAAAUGUGAUACCAUUCAUUCAGUCCAACGGCGAUAUCCAGCAGCGGCGAUGAAGUCCGUAGGCCUUACCUUUCCUCCUCCGCCUCUAUCUCCGCCUAGAUUUCAUCAUCUGAAAACCCUCCAAUUUCGCACAUUGUGUUCAUCCAAUCCAUCACAGUCGACAAAAGCGAUAGAGACAGAUUCAAGACCUGAAUACAAGCCCGGGAUCUUCGAUGACUUGUUCCUUAAAUUGUUCCGAAACAAAAUGGUACAGGAAGUUGGUUGGAAUUCAGAGAAGCCUGGAUACGACGGGCUAAUUGAAGUUGCAAACCGUCUUAUGGUCAGAAGAAGCAAUUCCGAUGCUAGAGAAGCUGCGGUGCGAAUUUUACGAUCUCUGUUUCCCCCAUUCCUGUUAGAGAUUUACAAAAUGCUUAUAGCACCUAUUCAAGGUGGAAAAAUUGCUGCAAUAAUGGUUGCAAGGGUGACUGCACUAUCUUGUCAAUGGCUCAUGGGCCCUUGUGCUGUUAACUCUGUGGAUCUUUCUGAUGGAUCCUCUUGGAGAAGUGGGGUGUUUGUAGAAAGAUGCAAGUACUUGGAGGAAAGCAAAUGUGUGGGAAUUUGUAUCAACACUUGUAAGCUUCCUACACAGACUUUCUUCAAAGAUUACAUGGGGGUUCCUUUGCUGAUGGAGCCAAACUUCAGCGAUUAUAGCUGCCAGGGUCUCUCUUGUAAUCGUGUGGCAAUCCCUGUCUCUCGUUUCUAAUCCACGUGUAGAAAAAUACACUAAUUGUGACAUAGAUUUGGCAGAUAGUCAAUGAGAAAUAGCCGAAUGGUCCAAUUAUUAUCUUCCAAAGAUGAAUCUUUUGGUUUAUUGCAGAAAUCAUUCACAUGAAUUUUUCAUACAGCUUCCCGGCUGAGCACGACCUUGUGGCUAUCCUAUCCUAUGUCUUUCUUGGAUUCUUUAUAUUAAUUAUUUGACAAAACUCAUAUUUUUGCAACUGUAUUUUUUUUUAUAUAAUUAUACUAAUUUUUUGUUAUUUCAAUUACACUAUUAGAUCUGUAUUUUUUAGUCAAUUUAACUCAUGUAUUUUGAUCUUUUUUUGUAUGACAAUUCAAAAUUUGUUAUUUCAAUUAAACAGUUAUAUUCACUCACAUUUUUU